UGUAGUUCUCUAGGCCACAAAAACUGUUAACCUCAAUCUACGUAUACAAAACAAACCCAAGGGGACCCACGAUCCACGGUAUUUUAUUUGAAAUCCCCCAAAAAAUGAUUCUUUAUAUAAGAAACAAAUUUGUAAAUGAAGUAACACUGAGGCUUAUUUUAUGGGUUUUAUUUAUCUAUUUGGAUUACUUGGAACCUUUCUCAAGAGAAAUACAACCCGAAGAAGUAUGGAAGUACAAAUAUCCCUUAAAAGAGAGCUAUGUAUCUUCCAGAAAUUUAUGGAUGAUUAUUCUUACAUUCCCUACCAUUCUUAUAGUGAAGGAAUAUUUACAGAAUAAAGACAAGAUUGAAUUGUACUAUACUCUUCUAAGUUUAUCGUUAAAUUAUGGACUAGUUGGCUUUUGGACUCAGUUCUUGAAAUUAAUCGUAGGCCGACCCCGGCCUAAUUUUUUUUACAAAUGUUUUCCAGACGGGGAAGGAAGUGAUUUUAAUCAUUGUACUGGUUUCCAUCGAUCUUAUCUAGAUGGGAGGAAGAGCUUUCCUAGUGGACAUUCGUCAUUUGCAUUUUCUAGCAUGUUUUUUAUCACAUUGUACUUAGCGGGGAAAUUGAAAGUAUUUAUUGAAGGUGGACGAGGAAAUACGUGGCGUUUAUGUAUUUGUUGUUUACCUCUGGUUUUGGCCACCUCAAUAGCUGUGAGCCGAACUUGUGACUAUCAUCAUCAUUAUGAAGAUGUUGUCUGCGGCAGCCUCCUAGGCAUAGUAAUUGCAUAUACUGAUCCGAGGACUGAUCGAAGAAUUAAUCAUAUCAAUUAUUGGAUUUUUCAUCGGCCAAAUGGUGAUCCCCUGGAUGCCGUUCAUUGCUAUACUUAAUUGGUGUGUAACAAAACUUAUUCAGUAUUUUAUUAUUACUAUUUCCUGUCAUGUUUAUUUAGUAUUAUUGGUUUGUUUUAUUAAAAAUAAACGUUCAUCUAAAAGUU